GAUGAACUCAAACUCAUUUUCCUAAUUGCUUUCAAUCUUUUGCUACCAAAAACAAGAAGAACAAGCACAAUGAAGCACACACAAAUGGCCUCUCUUUUGAGUCUCUUUGCCAUUAGUAUUCUGCUCUUAGCUCUCAUUCAUGGCGGGUUUGGCGUCGAAGCAAGUAAACAGUUCAAAGUGGGCGAUGACUUCGGCUGGCAAGAGCCUAGCAUGAACAAUACUGGGAUCUACAGCCACUGGGCAUCAAGUCAUAGGUUCCGUGUUGGGGACUCUCUUUUUUUUGAGUACAACAAUGAUUCAAUCCUUGAAGUGGACAAAUGGGGUUUUUACCAUUGCAAUGCAAGCGGGGCCAUCAUCGCCUUCAACAAUGGCAAGAGUGUUAUCAAGCUUGACAGGCCAGGGCCUGUCUACUUCAUCAGUGGAGUUCAUGAUCACUGCAAGAAUGGCCAGCGAUUCAUUGUCGAGGUGAUGGGUUCGCACUCAAGGUCGCCUCCAGCGAUUAUUGCAGCUCCUCCUGAACCAUUUCUGGCGCCAGGGCCUCUUCAAAGCUCAGCCAAACCUGUUUCAGUGAUUGUUUAUUCGGUUUUUAUGGCACUUGUUGUUACAUUUGCAACAAUUAUAUGGUGUGCAGCAUAACCUCUUGUUUUGUUCUCAUUCUAUAUAUUUUUUAGUUCAGUUUUCUUUAUUGUU